AUGCAGCUCUUCGCCCUCCUGGCGGCCGCCCUGGCCACGACCGCGACCGCCGCAGCCGUGUCCUCCUCCCCCGACGCGCAACAGAACCACCGCACCCCCAUGAGCCGGCGGUCCGCGCAGGAAAUCGUCGCCCAGCUCAACCUCACCUCGAACCCGGAAAAGGGCUACUACGCGCAGACGUUCAUCGACCCGGAGAAGGCCUGCGGUGGCAGCAACCGCUCCGCCUCGACGCUCAUCUACUACCUGCUUGAAGGCUCCGCCGGCGACUCGGUCUGGCACCGCGUCGACGCCGCCGAGGUGUGGCACUGGUACGCCGGCGCGCCGCUGACGCUCUCGCUGUCGUGGGACGACGGCAAGCCGGUCGAGAGGCACCUGCUGGGGCAGGACAUCUUUGCGGGCGAGAGCCCACAGGUGGUGAUCCUCAAGGACCAGUGGCAGAGCGCGCGCUCGCACGGUAACUGGACCCUGGUGGGCACGACGGUUGCUCCCGCGUUCAGCACGGACGGCUACGACCUCGCGCCGCCCGGGUGGCAGCCAAAGGGCGCAACAUCGUGCCGGCGUUAA